AUGUGGAUGCUUUCUUGGCUUUGUGCCAUUUUAAUUAUACUGGUUAUUGCUGAUAUGGAUGCAAUUGCAAAGACCACACCUUAUACCAAGUUAACAAAGAAAUUUGAGGGAAAAGAGAUGGUGAAGGAUCUAAAGCCAUCCAGAGGCCCACCUCUGAAAGAAGAAGACACCCCUGUCACCGAACUCGCUGAAAUGUCAGAACCAACCGUGGAACCAUCCCCAGAGUCUGCCUCUGACACCGCCACCAUCUUCCCUUUUGAAAAUUUCACACUUGACACAACUGAUUUCUUCGUGAAUUGUUGUGACUGUUGUUCACUCCUACCAGGACAGAAAGGAGAACCUGGAGAACCUGGAAAGCUAGGUCCUAAAGGAGAGACGGGUGAGAUGGGGAUUCCAGGACCACCAGGAGUUAUUGGACCUCAAGGCCUAAAAGGCCAGAAAGGAGAGAAGGGACUGAAAGGAGAACGUGGGGAUCAAGGAACAGAUGGGGCUCCAGGCUAUCCAGGGAAGCCCGGGGCACAAGGUGGACUUGGCUCUAAAGGGGAUAAAGGAAGCAUUGGACCGGCAGGAAUUAAAGGACAAAAAGGGUCCAAGGGGGAUGUGUGUGCAAAUGGGACUAAAGGAGAGAAAGGAGAGAGAGGACUGGAGGGGUUACGUGGAGAGACUGGGGCCAAGGGUGAGAAAGGCGAGAUGGGGGAAAAGGGAGACUGCAGAGAGUUUGGGGAGAGAGGAGGAAAAGGACAGAAAGGCGAGGAGGGCAUGAAAGGAGAGAAAGGCUGCAAAGGAGAGAUGGGCAUAGAAGGCAAAAGUGGCCCAGAUGGCCUGCCUGGGGCCAAAGGUGACGCAGGUGUCAAAGGAGCAAAGGGGGAACUGGGUCCUCCUGGUCUCGAAGGACCUAUUGGGCCUAAAGGUGAGCUUGGAAACAAAGGAGUGCGAGGGUCUAUCGGGAAGAAGGGGUCCCGGGGUCUCAAGGGCUCCAAAGGUGAGGUGGCUGGAAUCUCUCGGUCGGCUUUCAGUGCCGCCUUGUCAAGGCCCUUCCCUCCUCCCAACGUCCCGAUUAAAUUUGACAAGGUUCUCUAUAAUGACCAAGGAAACUAUAGUCCCAUCACCGGAAAAUUUAACUGUAGUGUUCCCGGGACAUACGUGUUUUCCUAUCACAUCACAGUGAGGGGCCGCCCUGCCAGGAUCAGCCUGGUGGCGCAGAAUAAGAAGCAGUUCAAGUCCAGAGAAACACUCUAUGGUCAAGAGAUUGACCAAACCUCCCUCCUUGUGGUCCUGAAAUUAAGUGCAGGGGAUCAAGUAUGGCUGGAAGUCUCAAAAGACUGGAAUGGGGUGUAUGUCAGUGCUGAAGAUGACAGUAUUUUUACUGGCUUCCUUUUGUACCCAGAGGAACCUCCUGGGAUUUCACCAUAA